CACACUGGUAAAAAACCUUUCUCCUGUUCAACCUGUGGUAAAGGUUUUACAGAAAGUCAAAAUUUGAAAAGACACAUGAGAACACACACUGGUGAAAAACCUUUUUCUUGCUCAGAAUGUGGUAAAGAUUUUGUACAAAGUCCCCUUUUAAAAGCACACAUGAGAACACACACUGGUGAAAAACCUUUUGUCUGUUCAAUCUAUGGUAAAGGUUUUACAGAAAGUCGAUGGUUAAAAGUGCAUAUGAGAACACACACUGGUGAAAAACCGUUUUCCUGUUCAGUCUGUGGUAAAGAUUUUGUACAAAGUCCCCUUUUAAAAGCACACAUGAGAACACACACUGGUGAAAAACCUUUUGUCUGUUCAAUCUGUGGUAAAGAUUUUACAGAAAGUCGAUGGUUAAAAGUGCACAUGAGAACACACACUGGUGAAAAACCGUUUUCCUGUUCAGUCUGUGGUAAAGGUUUUACACAAAGUCAUCAUUUAAAACUGCACGACAGAACACACACUGGUGAAAAACCUUUUUCCUGUUCAAUCUGUGAUAAAGGUUUUACAGAAAACUGGUGUUUGAAAGUACACACUAGAACACACACUGGUGAAAAUUCACAUUCCUGUUCAAUCUGCAACAGAAGCUUUAGUGACCGAUCAACCCUUGUAGCACACAUGAGAAGACACCCAGGAGAGAAAGUGUUGAGUUGCAGUGUGUGUGGUGAAAGAUUGUCUUCUAAGUACCAGUGUAAGAAACACAAGUGUGCUGGUGAGAACAGCAGCAGCAAAUGAAACUGCAGGAUUUGAAAUAAACUGUCCAGACUUUCAUUUUGACUUUCUAACAACAUCAGCACAUAUAACAUGUGUGACAUUGUUGUUUUUCCAACAAUCUUUUUAAAAUGCUUCCACAUUUAUAGAUUAGAUAUUUUAUAUUAAUCCUUUUUUCAGUCAAGCACAUGCAUUAAUAUGCAACAUUGUGUACUUUUAUUAAAAAAUGGACAGAACAAUUUGAGUAAAAAGCUGAGU